GACGGUACCGUGUGCGGCUGAGUGACACGGCACCGAUGAAAACAAGGCAUACACAAUUAAGGAUUGUCCGCCUGCUUUCAUUUUAAUUUGGUCCAUGUCUGGUUCAGUUAAUAAUAUUGCUCCGACAACGCGUUCACAUUUUGUCAAUAUUUGCACGAUUUCAGUGGAUAUUUCAUUCGGAAGCUUCAACCUGCUUGUUUUUGGAUUCUGAAUGGAAGCUGCAGCAGAGGGAGCGGCGAGCCCGUCGGUGGCCGCCGAAGGGAGUCCGUUAACUGGAGCUGUGGCGUCUGAUGAGAGCGAAACUGUCAUCGGUGUCAGCUACGGAAUGGACGCCGGGGAUAUAGAGUCCGCAGCGAGGAAGGCCCUGGUGACGGAGAUGCCUUCCUCCUCUGGACAGCCCGGCUCCCUCCCUGCCAAGAAGAUCGGCCACCGGGGAGUGGACGCGUCCGGGGAGACCACCUACAAGAAGACCACGUCCUCGGCCCUGAAAGGGGCCAUCCAGCUGGGCAUCGGCUACACCGUGGGCAACCUGAGCUCCAAGCCCGAGAGAGACGUGCUGAUGCAGGACUUCUACGUGGUGGAGAGCAUCUUCUUCCCCAGCGAAGGGAGCAAUCUGACUCCGGCCCACCACUUCCCAGACUUCCGCUUCAAGACGUACGCUCCCGUGGCGUUCCGAUACUUCCGGGAGCUCUUCGGCAUCCGGCCUGACGACUAUCUGUACUCGCUCUGCAACGAGCCGCUGAUCGAGCUGUCCAACCCGGGCGCCAGCGGCUCCGUGUUUUACCUCACCAGGGACGACGAGUUCAUCAUCAAAACCGUCAUGCACAAGGAGGCCGAGUUCCUGCAGAAGCUGCUGCCGGGCUACUACAUGAACCUGAACCAGAACCCGCGCACCCUGCUGCCCAAGUUCUUCGGGCUGUACUGCGUGCAGUCGGGCGGCAAGAACAUCCGCGUGGUGGUGAUGAACAACGUCCUGCCGCGUUCGGUGCGCAUGCACCUGAAGUACGACCUGAAGGGCUCCACCUACAAGCGCCGCGCCUCCAAGAAGGAGCGUGAGAAGGCCCGGCCCACCUUCAAGGACCUGGACUUCAUGCAGGACCUCCAGGACGGCCUGAUGCUGGACACUGACACCUACAGCGCCGUGGUCAAGACCCUGCAGAGGGACUGCCUGGUGCUGGAGAGCUUCAAGAUCAUGGACUACAGCCUGCUGCUGGGGGUGCACAACCUGGACCAGGCCGAGCGGGACCGGCAGACCGAGGGUUCCCCGGGCUCCAGCGACGAGAAGCGGCCGGUGGCCCAGAAGGCCCUGUACUCCACCGCCAUGGAGUCCAUCCAGGGCGCGGCCGCCUGCGGAGAGACCAUCGACACCGACGACACAAUGGGCGGGAUCCCCGCAGUCAGCGGCAAAGGGGAGCGUCUCCUGCUCUACGUGGGGAUCAUCGACAUCCUGCAGUCCUACAGGCUAAUAAAGAAACUGGAACACACAUGGAAGGCUCUCGUUCACGACGGAGACACCGUGUCCGUCCAUCGGCCCUCCUUCUAUGCAGACAGGUUCUUCAAGUUCAUGAGCAACACCGUCUUCAGGAAGAACUCCUCUCUGAAGUCCUCUCCCUCCAAGAAAGGGCGAGUGGCGCUGACCGUGCCCAAAUACUCGGGCCCCGGGGCCGCGUGGUCGGCCAGCCAGCUGCCCUGUGAGCGGGACGACAACAUCUUCGACCUGAGAGGGGCGCGCAGCUUCCCCACUCUGGAGGACGAGGGCCGGCCAGACCUCCUUCCCUGCACCCCUCCGUCUUUCGAGGAGGCCACCACGGCGUCCAUCGCCACCACCCUGUCCUCCACCACCUCUCUCUCCAUUCCUGAGCGCUCCCCUUCAGACACCUCCGAACACCCUCGCUACAGGAGGCACACUCAGUCCCUAGGACAUGAGGGAAGGACGCACGUGCAGGAGGAGGACCAUCAGACCAUCACAGUGGAGGUGGAGGUGAAGAGACACGACAGUGAGCCCUGCAUGACUGCUCCUCAACCCUCUCCAGAGCCUGAACCCAGUGAGGUUCCCGAGGCGGUGGUAGCCUCCGGCGCCACCCCGCCGCCCAGCCCGCAGGUGGGGGCGGAGCCCGACACGGCCAGCCAACGGUCCGGCUGCGCCAGCCACGCCUCCGUGGACGAGGAGGAGGACGUGCCAAUCACCGACAUCUACUUCUUCUCGGACGGGCGAUAUUGGGUCUACUCCCCCGUCCCGCAGCGCAGGAGGUUGAGCUCCAGCUCUGGCGCUGGUCGGCCCCCCGAGGACAGGAGCUGGGUGUACUCCCCGCUGCACUAUGGCACGGACUCUCCGACCGUGCCAGACGGGGAGAGCGAGACAGCCACCGGCGACCGGCCUGACGCUGAAUCCAACGCCCCUGUUACCCCCGGCCCCGCUUGGCGUCCCCAGCACUGCGCUGCGUGA